GCCGCCGGCUGGAGGGCCUUGCGCUCCCAGUGCGCGCCCCGCGCCUGCCCAGCCCCGCAGGAACAACAAGAGAAGCUGGCUGCGCGGGACUGGUGUGACCAAGCAGAUGACUGGGGAGCACGCGAUGAAUUUGAACCCCCUGAACUGAACCCCUCUCGCUUGCUGGGUGUAAAUGAAGCGAGCAACUCUUGCUUGCCCAAAGAAGCAGAGUGUGCAGCCCAGUUACAGGGGCUUAGCUUGGCUGAAGCUGUGGAUGUACCCGAUCCCAUAUGUAUUCAUCUUCCAGCUGGAGAAGAGAGAGUAAUGUCUAGCUCUGUCCCUGUGUUCAAGCCCUACUACAUCAGUGUUGUGGAUGAGGAAGACUACACUGGUUACGUUGAUACGGAUCAUGCACACAGGCUUCUAAAGGAAUAUCAACAGAGAGAGGGUAUUAAUUUGGAAGAGUUGAUGUCAGAAAGUUUUGCAGGUGAAGGUGAUCAUGAGAAAUAUGAGAAGAGCAAACUCCGAAGUAGGGACCACGUGUUCCACAAAUUUAUGAAAAGAAUUUCUGCCUGUCCUGAACAAAUUCUGAGAUACUCCUGGGGCGGUGAGCCUUUAUUUAUAACAUGCCCUCCAUUCGACAUCAGCAGAGGGGUUCCAGCCUGUAGUAACUGUGGAAGUAACAGAGUCUUUGAGUUCCAGCUUAUGCCAGCACUGGUCAGCAUGCUUGAAAGUGAUGCAGAUCUGUCAAUCGAAUUUGGGACAGUUUUGGUUUACACAUGUGAAAGAAGCUGUUGGUCAGUAAAUCAGAAGAAUCCCCUAGAGGAAUUUAUUUUUAUACAAGAAGACCCAGAUCAGCAACUAUUUAAAUAAACUUAAUUCUUCCUUGUAAAGCCA